UGUUUAAAGGGAACUCGGAGGGUGUGGAACGAGCUGCCGGCGAAAGUGGUAGAUGGAUACAGGUUCGAUGUUUCCUGGCAUUCAUCAGUACAGGAGAGCAGAGGUGAACGAACUGAUUGUUACUCCGGAUCCGAUGCAGCGUGAACAUACAAUGAACAUGAAAGCACAAUGUGCCGGUAACUGUCGAGUGUGAUUGUAAGACGAGCGGGGCCACAGGUGGAGGGGGGCCUCGGACGGGACGGGCCGAACAGUCUGGUGCUGUAUGACUCUACCACGAUUGAACGUGGCGGGGAACAGAGCCUCUCCCCGGGAGGGGGAGGACCUGCCGCCGGCUCCGGAAGACGAGCGGUGCCGCGGAAUGCGGAAUCCCGGAAGGCGAAGUUUCCGCUGGACAUGUUGCUGACCGUCCUCCUCUCCUCCGUGCUCUGGGCGGCCCGCCUUCCCGGGGCAGCGCGGGCCGAGGUGGUCCGGGAUUUCCGGGAGUGUGACUGGUUUUUCCAGGACAAGGAGCCGCCGCAGGGAUUCAGCAGCCGAAGCCGGGUCAAGAUCUGUCAGAAGUUCAAGAACCGCUACCACUACGCUACCCUGUACCGGACCGACCGGCGGAUCCCGGAGUACUCCGCCUACCGCUAUCCUUGCUCUCUGGGCGAGGGCGAAGCGUACAGACCCAGCUCAUGGUUUCAGGAGCCGCAGAUCGACGAUCAAAAUGCUGGAAGUAGCAUGAAGAGUAGUUCGAAGACCUUCAGCGCCAGGCAGGCGACAGACGAAGAUUACCGUAACUCUGGCUAUGACCGGGGGCAUCUCAAUCCCUUCGCGCUGAAUGACAAAGACAGCGCCACAGCUACCUGUACCCUGACUAACGCAGUGCCCGAGGAUCACGGAGCCAACGUCAACUGGUACCAGGAGGUGGAAUCGGUGGUCGAAAAGCUGGCGCAGAUAUGUCACAAGUCGCGGCGCACGAUGUACAUACUGACUGGCGCUGCCAACCCGACUGGGAUCAAGAUCAAAAACAGGGUCUCAGUGCCCAAGACAGUGUGGACGGCUCUCUGCUGCACCUCCUCGCCGAUUCAAAACAACGACCCCUGCCUCAGUGGCCAGGUGCCCUCAGAGGGGCAGGAGGUGCUGGUGUACUACAGGGACUUCUCCUUCGCGUUCAUGAAGACGAUGAAGCCGGAGCAAGACACAAAACGCCUGACAGUGAGGGGGCUGCAGAAGAAACUGAAGAUAGACACACUGUUCCACAGCUGCAGAGGGACCAGGGAGAACGACGAAGACCAAGUCUUCAAGGAGGUUGAGGGGCUGAUUAUAAACAAGAUCAUCAACCCCGUCAACAACACGGGCAGCACCCUGCCCCGACCAUUCGGCUUUGAAGCGGCCACAGGAAUCCUCCAAUUCAUCCGCUCCAGUCUACUGGCUCCAUGUCGAGCUGCGAUCCACGCCACACUCUCCAGCAUCCUGGGGGCCACCAAGCUGGCAGUACCAGUCCUGCAUGGCGUUGGCAUGGUGGUUGGCAUUCUCCUUGUCACUGCAUUCGGAGUUCUCAUCAGUAAUCCCUGAUAGUUCACUCCCCUGGCUCGUCAGCGCGAUCUCGUUGGUGUUGUCUUCUGCAGUGAACAGGGUCCGCUCAUUGUGGUUCUCGGCUGGAAUCCUCUUCAGCGCAGUCAGCCGAUCUUUACACCAGCUUCCGGUCGCACUGCUCUAGAGGAAUGGUGCCAGGUGGGACGCUGACAAAAAUGCACCCCCCACCCCCACAGUGAGCAUUUUUAAACUCACCAGGGAGUAGGAAAUGCUGAAAAUACUUGACAGAAAUGGCUGAUGUUUCUAGACAAUGUAUUUUCUGCAUGCUUUGCUUUCAAAUGCAGUGGAUUUCGCUUAAUUGGGACACAUCAGGACCAGUACAUUUUGGCCCAAUUAGGCAGCUGCUCCAAUUACCAAAGUUUCACGGAAUCAGUUAAGAAGGUAUAAAAAAGACAAGCUACCAUUUGACCGAGUAACAAAUUAUGAAUUUAAAUGAAGUACAGAACAGAUUUGACCACUAACAGUGCCACUCAGUACUGACCGUGUCGGACAGAGGAAUUCAUCCAGUGUCUGCUGCCGUCUGUAAACUGCGCAGACACCUCAUGUAGAUAAUGAACGAUAUCGAUACAAUCCUAUCAAUGAUGGCAUCUUACAAACCUUCAUUUUCGUUGUAACAUUCAAGAUGAGAGUCAAUCCCUUCAAAUUCUUCAUAGUUCCUAAGAUGUUGAAGCAGUGAAAUCGUUUCAUUUUUACUCCUGGCAUCUCCAAGCCCGAAUGCUUGAAACCGCAGUGAGAAGUUCUGAGUUGUUUUUCUGCUUAUUUCUCACUAACUAUCAGCGACAAACAUCACUGCCCUUUGGACACACACUAUUAACAAACUGCUCGACCCGGUGUGGAGUUAGGUGGCCACACGAGUGCACGUGACUGACUCUUGAUAAAAACAUUAGCAAUAGUCUCCUGGUGUGGUUAAGUGGCUUUGAGUAACAAAUCAGUGAAGGGAAUCCCAGCUACUUUUUCAAUUAGGUUUUGUUCUUCUAGAAUUGUCCCCAAUAAGUGGUUGCCCCAAUGGCCCAAUUAACCAUAAUUCAAUGCAGCUGCAGAAUUUUAGUGUCUAAACUCAGGAAAUUCUGUGCUCAAUCCAACUAAGACCUCAAAGUGGUUACAGAACACAGAACUGUACAGCACAGUGCAGACCAUUUGGCCUACAAUGUUAGACCAAAAGACCAUAAAACAAGUUUAGGAUUUAAUGGAGUUAUUCUAUCAUCUACUGUAGAAAUGGUCAUUUUCCAAACUUACUGCUGGUUACACCGCUGGAUUUCGGGCAGCAAUGACGAUUCUCCAUCUCUGUCUGUCCUAGUGUACAUUCCAGAAACCAGUUUUGGUCCUGGUCUUGGCGCUUUUCAGGGCUUCCUUCAUCCCGUCAGUAGCUUCCUCUUGGUUUUCACUAGCAGGUCCCAGGUGGAGACUCAGGAACACCGCCGCACUCAGAUGUAGAAGGAUUCUUCGUUGCCGUUUUCGUAACAGUUUUGCUGGCCCAGUCAGGAUGGUCAGCAGGCAGUUUGGCAACGCAGGUGAUCUCUCUCCAGGUGUCUGCUUUUGACCCCACUUCACUCUGUAAUCUCCAAAGUGUCAUAUCAGCUAUGUAUGAAUAUAUAACUAAAGAUGAUGGUAGAGAGGCUUGGUGUGUUGGUGAUCAGUAUCCAAAGGGAAUGGACAACAUUGGAGCAGAUUUAGAUACAUCAGCACGGAUCUAUCCCCCAGUAAAAGUAUCACCCAAAACUUCAUUCACAACUCCUUCCUGUUUAGUGAUUAAAAUUCCAAAAUUGCUUCACUUGAUCUCUGUCAGGAUCCUCCAUCAGUGACUGGAUUCAAGAUGAAUUUUGAUAGAUUUUCAGAUGACAAAUAUAUAACUUAGGGAUCGGGUGAGAGAGUGGACAAGGCAUAGGACCUGCUUUGCACUUUCUUUAUGCAGAGACCAUUUGUCCCUAUGCUAGCUCUGAGAGGAAUCUCCUUAUUUUCCUUAACUCUGCACAUUGACACGUAUCUGUUAACUAUCCCAUCCCCUCCCUGGACCCGGUUCUCUAUUCUGACGACAAUUUACAGAGGCCACUUAACUUACCGUUAGACGUGUAAGAGCCUGCACGCCACAGAGACGAGGGUGAAGGCCGGGCUUGGUCUUGGUCUCCACAGCUGUCUGUGGUAAUAAAUUGACAGAUUCACCACCCUCUGGCUAAAGAAAUUCAUCCUCACCUCUGUCCUAAAUGGACGUCCCUCUACUCCGAGGCUCUUCCUUCUGGUCCUAGACCCCACACUAUAGGAAACAACUUCUCCACAUUCACUCCCUCCAGGUCUCUCAAUAUUUAUUUUUAGGAAUCUAAAUUACUCUGUGAAUAAUCUCAGAGUUGUCACUGUUCUGUCGGUACCUGAGUUCCAAGCGGGGUCACCGAACAGGCUGGGCAGUUGACCACAUCAAAGUAUUCUCAAGUAUACAGUGAGAUUAUAAACUAGCAGUCCAGCACUUUACAGAUUUUAAGACACGGAAUGGGACUUGUAAUUAAGCUGCUGACAUUUAAUCAAACUUUGUUUUAACAAGUAGAAAAAGAAAAUAGUACUGUUUAAGACCUAUUGAGUUUUGAAAUACAUAGGAAUUACAAAUGGUAUUGAAUUAUUAUUGUUAUGUGUACCAAGGUGCACUGAACAGCCUUCGUUUAUAUACCACACAGUCACAUCAGUACUUCGAGAAAAACAAUGAUUGUUGGUGCCAGAUGGGGUGGUUUGAGUAUCUCAGAAUCUGCUGAUCUCCUGGGAUUUUCAUGCACAACAGUCUCUCUAGAGAUUACAGUGAAUUGUUCAAAAAAACAAAAAAAAUGUCUAUCCUAUAAAGUUUAUACUUGGUGGCCAUUUUAUUAGGUACACCAGCUCAUUAAUGCAAAUAUCUAAUCAGCCAAUGACAUGGCAGCAUCUCGAUGCAUAAAAGCAUGGUCAAGAGGUUCAGUUGAUGUUCAGACCAAACAUCAGAAUGGGGAAGAGAUGUGACUUUGUUAAUCUUCCCCUUUAAUAUUCUCUUUUAUGUCACUUAACAUAAAAAUAGUUCGGAAAUUCCUCUGAAUGUUUCGCUGGCGAAUUAGUGUCUGAAUAAUAGACAUGGUGGCUGCUAGACAGAAUACAAGGUGGAGGAACUGGUGAUAAAUGAAAAUUACAAUGUUACAUGCUUACAUGUGCAUGACGUUUGCCAAAUUUACUAUCACGCACACAAUGCUGUGAUUGCAGAAGUGAACAGGUUCCCCAUCACUGAAACUGUAACCGUUCCACCUGGAGAUUGUCAAGGUAACACAGUGUAUUUGUAAAUGGUUGCUCGUGAGUGGCCUGUUCUUCAAUCACUGCCGUUAAUUCAAGGUUCAAGAUACAAGAUUCUAGAUUUUGGAUUCUAGAUCCAAGAUUAAAGAUUCUAAAUUUUGGAUUCUAGAUCCAAGAUUAAAGAUUCUAUAUUUUGGAUUCUAGAUUCAAGGUUCUAGAUUUUUGGGUUCUAGAUUUUUGGAUUCUAGAUUGUUUAUUGUCAUUCUUCAGUACACAAGUUUAAAGGAGAAUAAUAUGAUUGUUACUCUGGAUCUGAUGCACCAUAAAAACACAAUAUGAUUACAUAGGAUUACCUUACAUACAUAGACUGAUUAUAUGCCCAUAAAGUGCCACUAGGUACGUAAUGACUCUGAUGGGAAAUAUUAAAGUAGUGGCAGAGUUAGCGGGUGGAGAUGUUGAUCAGUUUUACUGCGUGGGGAGGGAAAUUAACUGUUCUUGAGUCUGGUGGCCCUGCUGUGAAUACUAUGUAGUCUCCUCCCGCAUGGGAGUCCAUGAGCAGGGUGGGUGGGAUCCUUCAUGAAAGCAGGCAACCAUGUAUGAUUUUGGUCAUGGUGCCAUCUAAACGUGUAUUUGUACAGAUAUUAAAAACACAAAUCUAUGUUUAUACAGAUGGGAUGGCAUGAAAGCGUAGUGGUUCGUGUAGCACUAUGAUAGUGCCCGCAACCCGGGUACAAUUCCCACCUCUGUCUGUGAGAAGCUUGCGUGUUUUCCCCGUGAUUGUGGGGGAUUCCUCCAAGUGCUCUGGUUUCCUCCCACAGUCCAAAGACGUACGGGUUAGGGUUGAUCACAUGGGUAUAAUUGGGUGAUGCAGGUUCACUGGACUGUAUCUUGAAAUGAAAACAAAAUAUAUUUAUGGAUUAAUCUUUAGUCAAAUACUGAACAGAAUGAACUUGCUACCUGGAUUUGAUACUGACACUGAAUUAGCAAAUGCUUCAAAACAUAAUUUCAGUAUUUUGUGAUAAAUGUGCAAUAAUUAACAAUAAAUACUGGUUUUAUAUCUUG